ACUUUUGGUGCACCUUUGUGAUCAACAGAGUUGCAGAGAAUCACAAACCUGGAAAUGGGUUCUUCUUCUUCUCUAUUCAGACUUUCAAAAACCCUAAAAUCUCCAAAAUGCCAAUCUCUUCCUCUCCUCUCAUUUUAUUCAAAAUUCAAUCCUCUAAACUCUUCCCUUUCCAGAUUACAAAACGACACCCGUUUUGGCCUCCUGACGCAUGAUUACUGCUCAAAUUCGCGCCAAAACAGCACUCCUAUAGAUUUAAGCCAAUACCCAACGGAAAGAAUUAGAAACUUCUCAAUAAUUGCUCAUGUCGAUCAUGGCAAGUCAACUCUCGCUGACCGGCUGUUGGAGCUCACUGGUACUAUCAAAAAAGGGCUUGGCCAGCCUCAGUAUCUUGAUAAGUUGCAGGUAGAGAGAGAAAGAGGAAUAACUGUUAAAGCUCAAACAGCCACUAUGUUCUAUAAGUACAACUUUCGUAGCCUCAAUAAUGAUAAUGCUCAAGCACCACCAGCGUUCCUACUAAAUUUAAUCGAUACGCCUGGUCAUGUCGAUUUCAGCUAUGAAGUGUCGAGGUCAUUAGCAGCGUGUCAGGGUGCUCUUUUGGUUGUGGAUGCUGCACAAGGUGUUCAGGCGCAGACUGUAGCUAACUUCUAUCUGGCAUUUGAAUCUAAUCUGGCAAUAAUACCUGUAAUAAACAAAAUAGACCAGCCAACUGCUGAUCCUGAUGGCGUUAAAGCUCAAUUAAAAUCAAUGUUUGAUCUUGAACCUGAUGAUUGCCUCUUAACAUCUGCUAAAACAGGGCAGGGUCUUGAGAAUAUCCUCCCUGCAGUCAUAGAACGAAUACCUCCUCCUCCUGGGCUAAGUAAUUCACCUCUGCGUAUGCUUUUGCUGGAUUCAUAUUAUGAUGAAUACAAGGGAGUAAUCUGUCAUGUAGCAGUUGUGGAUGGCGCUCUGCGGAAGGGAGAGAAAAUUUCUUCCUCAGCAACUGGCCAAUCUUAUGAUAUUCUGGAUGUUGGCUUCAUGCAUCCUGAACUUACUUCUACUGGAAUUCUCCUAACCGGACAAGUGGGUUAUAUGGUGAGUGGCAUGAGAUCAACCAGAGAAGCACGUGUCGGAGACACUCUGUUUCAUACCCGAACCAGUGUAGAACCUCUACCAGGUUUUAAACCUGCAAAACAUAUGGUGUUCUCUGGUCUUUAUCCAGCUGAUGGGUCUGAUUUUGAGGCGCUUAACCAUGCAAUAGAGAGACUGACAUGCAACGAUGCUAGUGUCUCUGUUACUAGAGAGAGUAGUUCUGCCCUUGGCCUGGGUUUUAGAUGUGGCUUCUUGGGCUUGCUUCACAUGGAUGUUUUCCAUCAGCGGCUUGAGCAGGAACAUGGAGCUCAUGUCAUUUCUACUGUACCGACUGUUCCAUAUAUAUUUGAGUACUCUGAUGGAAGCAAAGUAGAAGUUCAGAAUCCUGCUGCACUUCCCUCAAGUUCCAAGAAACGAGUUACUACUAGUUGGGAACCUACAGUUAUCGCUACAAUUAUCAUCCCUAGUGAGUAUGUGGGACCUGUUAUUACUCUUUGCUCCGAGCGUAGAGGGCAGCAAUUAGAAUAUUCAUUUAUUGACAGUCAAAGAGCAUUUAUGAAGUAUCGCCUGCCGCUGAGGGAAAUUGUCGUUGACUUUUACAACGAGCUGAAAAGUUUAUCAUCAGGAUAUGCAUCAUUUGAUUAUGAGGAUUCAGAAUAUCAAGAAGCUGAUUUGGUGAAACUUGAUGUACUCUUAAAUGGUCAACCAGUUGAUGCUAUGGCAACCAUCGUUCACAAUUUGAAGGCCCAACGUAUUGGUCGUGAGUUGGUGGACAAGCUGAAGAAGUUCAUUGACAGGCAAAUGUUUGAGAUAACGAUUCAAGCAGCAAUUGGGUCAAAGGUUGUUGCAAGGGAAACGAUUUCGGCUAUGAGAAAGAAUGUUCUUGCUAAGUGCUAUGGUGGGGAUGUUAGUCGGAAGAGGAAGCUUUUAGAAAAACAGAAAGAAGGCAAGAAGCGGAUGAAGCGCAUUGGUUCUGUUGACAUACCACAGGAGGCUUUUCAUGAACUGUUGAAAGUGUCGUAGAUUUUAUAUUUAAAUAAUCAACCUACAUAUUUGGUGAUGCCGGUUGUUGCACCAAUGUUCAUAUGAUCAAGCAUUGAACUUUAGGCGAGCAAAAAGUCUCAGGCUGCACAAUUGUUUAUGUGAGGGGAAAUUGAAGUAAAGACUAAGAACAGCAAACACUAGGCAUGUGAAGAAAGCAUACCGAUUCAGGCUCUGCCUUAUUUCUUCCAAGAUUUCUUUCCAACAUCUGGUGCUUGCCUCUUAAGAAGUCCAUCAGAAUCGACCAUUUUGCAGCAUAAUUAUAGUGACAGUUAUCUGUUUUUGACACAAUAAUCUUCUAAGGUCUAGAGUUGGUAUUGGCUUUAUGACAUGAUCUAGACAUGCAUUUUUAAUUCCAGGCUGUGUUUAUUGCAAGUGGUAGAGAAAGCAUAAUCUCAAAGUCUUGUAUUUAUUCUGAUGUAACCCUUCCGUUUGGAGCGGAAAUACCUUUUGACCAAGAGAAAGAGUUGGCAAUCGGAAAUGUUGAAAUGGAAAAUUUUCUCUAAGAAUAUUUUAUAGAUAUAAAGUUUUGAAGUUUCAUUAGAA